UUCCUAUAUCUCACAAAGGGUAUUCAGCACCAAAAUCUGUAUCCCAUUCUUCUCUGUAAUUCAGCCUCUUUUUAAUUGAGGUAGCACCCUUUUAGUCCUCCCUGCUGAUCUACUCCUUAAAAUCAACCCACACUGAAGUUUUGUGCCCAUUUAGAAAUCUAAUCAGUGAUAUCUGCUUUUCUCUCAGCCACCAAUACCCAAAGAUAUCUUCAGUUUUCCUUUACUUUGAUCACAACAUUGACUCACCAUGAAGUACUCAGCAAGAGCCUUGAUUUGUGCAGUACUCUUUUGCGGUGCCCACCCCCAGUUGGCAAUGUUAAAUAGUGAAACUUUCAAAUGUAGUGAGUGUCAAAGUGUUGAUGUUGCGGUAUCCACCCACCAUGGGGAAGAGUGUGGUAUGAAAACAUUUUGUCUGGGAUGUAUUUCAAAUGAUAUUUGCAAGAUGAAGGUUCCAAAGACUCAUGUUCAAUGUUUGGACUGUUCAACUAAAAAAACUUUCUCUCAAUGUGAGGGAAGCAAAGUUACCCACACAUUCAAUGAGUGCCCUGCAAAUGGAAACCAUCAAAAAUUUGAAGAGCCCCCCCAAAUACAAGCUCCAUAGAGAAACUUCAAUUAGUGGUGGAAAAAUGAAUUUGAUUAAUAUGUGAAUCUCUUGUACAUAACUGAUAUUAUAAAUGACAUGCAUUUGAUCAAGUGCCAAGAGAAAAAUUAAAAAUUAACCAAUCUAUAUUCAUUAGUCUUCAAUUAUGUAGAAAUCUCACACACAUCAAGUCAAAUAUCUUGUUCCAAUAUUCUUUAUUUCUUCAUAUUUAUUUCACAGUCAAACAUGAUUUUAUGAGUGCUCAUCAAACCAAAUCUGUAAAUAGAUUAUGAAGGGAUCCAUAUAAAUAUUGCCAAUUUCAUCAUCCCAAUUUUAUCAAAUAUAAGUGGAUUUG